ACACACACAGUUGAGAGUUAUGUUGUGGGUGUCGAAUAAAUGUUUGAUGAGUGAAUACAUGAAGUUGAGGAGUAAGAAGACCUAAAGCUACACUCGCAUCCUUCCAAUACUUGCCCAUUUCAGUGGCAAUAUCAUCAGCUUCUGACUCACCAGAUGGAAUUGGUUCCAUUUUUGGAGCCAUUUUUGCCCUGGCUCUGUCUUUCCUUUCUCACUGCUUCUAUUCUCAUUCAGAUAAUUCUCAUCUAUCCUCUACCUUCCUGCCUCUGGUCCCUUUCCCCUCUAGUUUACUAACAAAACUCUACAGCUACACACUAGACCUCAAAGACAUAUUUCCAGAAUCUUUCUUUUCCACUCCAAACCUGCUUUUGCUACCUUGGUGUCUCUGGUUCUUGGAAACCAUAUCUGCUUUUCCCAAUGUCCCCAGCUCUAUUACAGCCUGAUGUUUAGCUUCAUGCCCACUUUCAUCCUAGACGCUGCUCUAUGACUUGACCUGAACUGUCGUGCCCUUGCACCCAACAGCUUUUGUAUUCCAACCUAUUUACAGUGCCCCAGAACUCUGGUUGGUCUACAGGGAAAGUCAAAUAUGGCGGCCUCGUUCUCUCUUCACAUAUUUCUAUUAUUUUAUAUAUCGUCUUCAUAAGUACAUUCUAAGCUCUUGUAGGGUAGGGAUAUCUGUGUCUUAUUCCUCUCUUUAUCCCUUGCAACACAAGCAUCUUCUUUCAUUCAUUCACUCAUUUCUUAAAGACUGAAUGUCCAUUCUAUGCCAGGCCUGAUACCAGGUGUUAGGGCAACAGAGGGCAGGCAGACACAGUCUAGUAUAUCCUAGGAGAUUCAAGGUAACAGGGAGGUCUAAUAACAUGAGAUUGGCAAACUGAUUUGAGGCCCAGAAUGGUAGAAAUAUUUGGGAACAUGGUUGAUGAACAGGCAGGGACUGUCCAUGCCUAGAACAGAUAAGGAAGAAAGUUGGGCCAACAGAUGCUGGAAGGCUACCUUUAGAAGCCUGGGGGAGAAGUGGGAGAAGGAGAUGGAGUAUUGUCUGCUUUUUCCAAAAUGACUGCCUAGAAGGGGAAGUAGUGAUUCUGGUUCUGACAAAAACAACAUUUCCAGUUGUUACCUGAAACAAUAGGAUUUGGAGGGGGGUGUGGUUCUGAGAGGUGGGUGAUGUAAUGGGAAUGGCACUAAACUAAACUUCUUUCUAGAACUCAGAUUCUAUGACCCCUUGACCUGGGUCUCAGUGCCAGUUCUCCCUCUUGCUGGCUAUCAGACCUUGGCUAGCUCCAUUCCCCUACCACAGCCCCGCUUCUUCCUCUCUGACUUGGCAGGAUGUGGAGUGGGGUGGUGUUCAAGGAGCUUGGAUUCAUGAACAGUAAGCUUCCUCCAGGCUGUUGACAUUCUUGGCAUGCAACGGGAACAGAAGCAUGGAUUAGGAAGGCUCAAGCAGCAGAGUGGACUCAAGUCGGGGAGGUGGGUGAAGAGUGGAAGGAGAGAGGGCCUGACUAAGUUGCCACAUCUGCACAGUGAAAGGGGGGAUCAACCCCCUCCCUGACCCAUGACAACUACAAUAAGUUAGAGAGGCUACAGUUUUCCAAAUUGCCCUUUAGCUUGUUAGAAGUUUGUAGGCAACCCCCAGACUCUUAAAUGGGAGGCCCAGGGCAUGGCAGAGCCAGUGACUGCAGUGCCCUGGACAUCUGGGGGAGGGGGGACAGCAAGUGAAGUCAUGAGGGAGGCUACAGGGAGAGGCCUUGGGGGACUCUCCUGAGGUAAAGCCCAAGGGCAGGCAGUCCCUGAAAAGGAGCUCUCUUCUUGGCCUCAGAAGACCUGGCCUUGGCAUGAGUUUUAAAGGAAACAUUUAAAGAUCCCAGGUCUCCAAAGAAUACAAAUGGCAUGGUAUUACGUGAGGUGUUGGGAGUUAUUUUGCAUAGUAGGGGAACUUAGCUGGAGGUAGCGCUUUGCCUUGGGGGUUGGAUCUGCACCCUAAUCUAUAGAAGCCCAUUUGUAAAAAAAAAAAACAAAACAGUAGGAUCUAACACUUAAAGAGCAUCUGCUCCCUCCUAGUUGAGGAUCUAAGCACUUUACAUAUGCUCAUUAACUCUGCACAUCCUCCUAGCAACCCCUGUUUUACAUCUAAGAAGACAGGCACAGAGAGGCUAAAUACAUUGGACUAGAUCACACAGCUAAUGAGCCUAAGGAGCAGAGGAGCAGGCUGAUCUGUCUCCAGAGCAAUAAACUGCAAUGCUAUUAGUGGCCUCUGUUGACUGACAUCAGUGGAAUUACAGCUCUUUUAAUAUCACAUUACACCUGUUUCAGGUAGCUCAAAAAACCAUGAAUGCUCAUCACUACCUCAAAAUUAUGAUAGUCAUAGGGACACCUGGGUGGCUCAGUUGGUUAAGCUUCUGACUUUGGCUCAGGUCAUGAUCUCACGGUUCAUCUGUUGGAACCCCACGUUGGGCUCUGUGCUGACAUCCAGGAGCCUACCUCAGAUUCUGUGUCCCCUUCUCUCUAUGCCCCUCCUGCACUUGUGUUCUCUCUCUCUCUCAAAAAUAAAUAAACAUUUAAAUUUUUUUUAAUUAUGGUAGUCAUUAGACCCACUACUAGAUCUUGUUAUAUUGAAUGUGUUAAUCAAGAUACACAUAUGACUAGAUUAUAAAUUGUGUUUCAGCAUACGGUAAUCAGUUUCCUUUGUAAUCCUUCAUAAUUUAUUGGAUGCAUUUAAAAGCAUUUUAUCCAUUGGGGUCCCUGGGUGGCUCAGUUGGCUAAGCAUCUGACUUUGGCUCAGGUCAUGAUCUCGUGGCUCGUGAGUUCGAGCCCCGUGUCAGGCCCUGUGCUGACAGCGUGGAUCCUGGAGCCUGCAUCGGAUUCUGUGUCUCCCUCUUCUCUGCCCUCCCCCACCACCUCAAAAAUAAAUAAACAUUAAAAACAUUUUUUAAAAAGCAUUUUUUUCCAAGAAAGUGUACAAAGGCAGCAUCAGGUCGCCAAAGGGGUCCACAGCAUGCUCUAGAAGGUUCUUCUGAUAUUGGGUAGGCUGAAGACUUGGGAAGCAUGUGCACUGAGCACCCCUCUGUGCCAGGCACUUCACCUAUAUGCUUUCACAGCAGCCCCAUGAGUUGGGUAUGAUUAUUCCACUUGACAAAUGAGGAACCCAAGACUAGCAAGGAAGGAGCCUUAUCUCUACAGUCACCAUCAAGUAAGUGGCCAAGCUGGGACAUGCAUCCAGGUGUGUCUGACCAGAGUCCACUUUGUAACCACUGCAGCUCUCUGUCUUCCUUGAAAGGUUAAUGUCAGCCCUCAAAUGCAGCUCCCUCAAAUACAAAUGACCCCCAAAGUCAAAGGACACCUGAAUGCACACUAGGUGACACUACUUUUUCAGCCCCAGAGCAUCCUCAGACGUGAGGUAUAGAUUGAGGGCACUUCCAGGGAGAAGGGGAGCAUCUGAGAACAUUACCAGGCUUGAUGCUACUGCACCCAGAGGGAUGCAAAAUAAUAGCUGACAGCUGCAUGCCUGAGUUCAAAUCCCAGGUCUGCCCCUUGUACACUCACAGACCAAUUUGAUGCCUCAAUUUCCUCAACUAUAAAAUGAGGAUGAUAAUGGUACCUCCUAAGACGAUAGUGGUGGUAAGGAUUCAGUGAAGUAACACAAAAAGCCUUUGGCACUGUGCUUGACACUGUGGUGUGAGCCAUUGCUAUUAUCUUCUCCUGAGAGGGAUGCAUGGAGGGAGCCUGGGGCUUCUGGAAGAACUUUGGGAGAUGUUGACCCUUUGUCCUUCCCCAUACCUGUUAUCUGGUCACCCUUGCCAUGAUUCCCAGAUGUAGUAAGCAGCAGAAACCCUCAAAUCUGUGGUUCGCACCUCUGACUGCACAUUGAAAUCACCUGCAGAGCUUUCAUGAUGGCAGUGCCCAGUCCCCACCCCCACCCCCAGACUAACAGGACCUGACUCCAGGGAUGAGGCUCGACUAGGAGCUUUUUUCCAAAGCUCUUCAGGAGACUCUAAUGCAGAGACAGCUAAGAGCUAUGCCCUCAAAAGGAAAUGGGGCUGUGUGCUGCUCUUUGGGGACAAUGAGUAAGGAGGCAGAAGCUUGGAGACCAUGCCCCGCUCUGCAGACAGGAUGAAAAGGAACAGAAGCCCAGACAUGGAGAGGAAGUGGGCAGCUAUAGGGAGGAAGAGGAGCUGGAGCCCACAGUAAGAAAGAGCUACAGUGGAGCCACCAGGGCCAGAGCCUGGCUCCAGGCCCCACCAGGAUGAUGUCCUAGGUGGUUUUCCCACAGAAGGAAAUGGGAAAUAUGGGGGUGAAGGCAAGAUGAGGAUGUGCUCGCAGCCUCUUUCUGUGCCCUCGAAUGGUAGCUUCUGAUGGGUUGCUAACACCUUGCAAGGAACCUGGGAGACGGUCUGUUCCUCCUCCUUCUCCCAGACACAAACAAAAUGGCUCCCCAUCUAACCACUCAUAAGCUCACACCCAGAUUCCACCUUCACCCAACACAGCAGAAGGUCCCAACUCCAGUCCAUGUAAAUAUCUGGCAGCCAGAGCAGAACCGGGAUCAGAUACCAGGUCCCCAAGGGUGCUGCCUUCUGCUGUAACAGGAGACUGCAGCAAGCUGGGAGCUCAGCAGGGCUGUGAUUAUUAUGUUUUCACAUGUCAAGAAAGGAAACAGGGGCAGAGAGGAGGAAGGUGACUUGUUCUCAGUGACAUAGGGAGCAGUGGUAGAGGCAGGACUCCUCAUCCUGUGCUCCUUUUCCCACACUCAGCUUUGGCUGCUAAUCUUCCAGUUCCUGGAAACUGACCAACUCCCCACCAUGGCCCUGUGUCUGUAACAGGGUCUCCUGAGUCACCCAGAAGAGGUCUUGAGUGGGCUGCUCUGAGAGAAUGUCAAAGAACCCUCUAGCUCUGAGUCUGAAUCAAGAGUGCAGGUGUGGGACAUUUGGGGUUCUGUGAUCGUGUUGCCUUCCCCCCAUCUUUUGUUCUGGGACGUAUUUUGGCUAGGUGAGAUUUUCCUCUCUCCCCUCCCCCCCCACCCGUCCCAAAGUGGAGACUAUGUCUUUAAGAAAGGACGAGUCAGAGCCGCGGGGAUCAGUUUCAAGCAACCCUCAGAAGGCGAAUCUGGAUUGAGUUUAGGAAGAAAAAAGAAAGGGUUAGCUUUGGUCCUGCCUCCUUUCCUUUCUCUCCUUUGCUUGUCCCUCCUCCGGCCUUAGUUUGGAAAGUCUGUUAACUUGGCCAGGAGGUUACGGAGCCCAGGGCUUUCCCCAGCAGCCUUGUCCUCUCACCUUGUCCCUCCUCCAGCUCCCGAGCACACGAUCUGGAGGACUGCUGGGCAAGUUGCUGGAAUGACUAGGUACGUGGCUGGGACGUUUUAACCUUCGCCCUUUCAUUGAGGUCUGGGGAGUCCAAUACGGACCUGGUGGGAAAUGGGAGGGGGGCCCUCAGGACCUCCAAGAACCUUGGUAACUGAGUCAGGAAGAAGAUGGAUAGGCUUUGGCCACAAUCCUCUCGGUGAUUCCGCCAGGGGCUCUGUGUUCGGGUGUCUGUAGGCUCAGAGAGGCUUGGUCCAUGCAGCCUGUCCCCCUGCGCCACUUGUGAGUUGCCUACUCAACCCCUGCUGGGUGGGAGUUUGGGACUGUGGAGUGUUGAGUUUGCUGCUGGAGGAACUGAAGCCAGAGAGGUGCUGGGAACCCCAUGAGAAAGGCAGAUGGGAAUACAUCCAGCCCCAGCCAUCUGUCUGUCCAUGAUACUCUGGUGGCAUGUAACCUCUCAGAUGAGGUAAAUGGGAUUCAGUCUGCUCAAGUUGCAUUUGCCGAGGCUCAGGAGCCAUUGCAAGGUCUUCUUGGGCUUGUUUUCACCUUUCUGGGAUGAUGACAAGCAAGGUUCUUAAUUUUUAAGGACUCAGUUUACACUUCAGAGAAAAGGACUUAAUGAUACUUACCUGAAAGAUGGGAACACAAAGAAAGAGGUAGAGAAGGCAAACUGGGCUGGUGAUAGAGAUUUCUGUAAGCUCAAGAAUGUUUUCCCUAUAUAUUUUAGGAUUCAUCCAUGCAUUUAUUUGUAUAUGUAUUCAACAAACAUCUGUUAAAUGCCUAUUGGUGCCCAUUGCCUAUGUGGAAAAACUGACAACCCAAUAUGGCAGCUGGUCUUCCCACCUGACCUCCUUUGCCAGGUCUCUAUUCCUCCCUUCCCUCACCCACAUCCCAGCCCAUUUGAGAGUGGAAGAGGCACCAGCUUCUAGUGCACUCAGGUGACCUGAUGAAGGCAUGAUAAGUGCUGAUGUUGUUGGCACUAGAGUAGGUAAGUCUCACUUGACAAUUGUUUUCUCUUGAAAGAGACUUGGGCCUGAGCCCCAAACAUGACCUCAACCACUGGGGAGGACUUUGAAGAUCAGGAAUCAGCAGGGAUGCAAAAGUUUAGCCUAACCCCUCCCAGGCAGAAGGGGCAGUCAGGCGCAUCUUUAGACAUUAGGGGUAGAGCUGGGCCCCUGGUUGGGCCUUCAGCAUCAAAUGUGGGCCAAGCAUUGGUUGGAUUUGCCAAAAACAUCUGAGGACUGUUCUUCUUGACUUAAUGAGUUGUCAUAACUUGGGCAGGAGGCAUUCUGGGAUCUCAGCCACCUAGGCUGUUGAGGAAGGGGUGGGGUUGUGAAUACCAGUUCUUAGGUGGUCCGUUGGAUGUGGAAGGCUUAGGCAUGGCACAGACAGGCGCGUGUCUCUGUGCGUGUAUGUGUGUGUGUGUGUGUGUGUGUGUGUGUGUGUGUGUUAUAGGAAGUAGCUCCUAUGAAAAAAGUCUGGCAAAAGCUGGGUGAGAAGUAUAACCCUAUCCUAGUAGGAUUGGGAUUCAGGCUUGGUCUCAUAACUGGCAGGUUGCAUAAGGGCCCAAUGAAUACAGUGAAGGGGCAAUGAGACCAAUGCUAAGGCCUGCUCACCCUGCUUGGGCAGAAAUGGGAGUAGGGUGAGUGGAUGUGUGAGUUUCGUGACGCUGGCUAAGAGGGGCUGAGUGGGACUGCCAGGAACUACCACCACCCUACUUAAAAAACAAACCUGCCUAGCAAUAUCUGUCUACACUGCACUCUGGCCGUUUUGGGCUUGAGCUAGGCUUAUCUGAGGGGUUAUUUCUGAGCCUGGAACGGAGAUGGGGAAUGGACUGUGUGAUUUCUCGAGGCUAUGAUGUCGACACUCUGCAAACUUAUUAUCCCUUGUUCACCCUUCAAAUCCCACCAUGGCUGCUCCUGACUCCCAUGAAGGGCUGUCACAGAGCCAGACCUCCUGUUCUUGCAGGUAGGACCCUCUGCCCUCUCACGUGUGAUGCUCACUUCCUGGAUCACAGGCUCUGCCUGCAAGUUCCUGUCAUUCCUUCCCAGAAUAAAGCAGCUGCCUGAAGCAAGUUGUUCAGCUGGGUUGCUGAAGGGAAGGGGAAAGGUAGAGCAGGGGGAUUGUGUUGGAAAGGUUAAAUGCCAGCCAGCAUUCUAGAGAUAAAAUAGGGAGCUGGGCCUUCCCAUCUAGAACAACUUCAUGGAAGAAACUCAGUAAAGGUUGCUUCCUCUCCCUGGUGAGUGUGUAUUUUUGAGAAAUGUUUCCUCUCCAUUUUCUCUACAAGUCUCAUCAUCUGAGGGGAGCAGCAGCUUUUGUGUACUAUUUUCUUUUAAGUGGAGAAAAUUUCCCCGGAAAUGUAAAGCUGAGUGACUCCAGUAAAAAGAUCCAAGCGAGUGAGGCUUCUGCCCAAGUAUGGGAAAAUAUCCAUCCAUCUCUCCACUUAAUUAGAAAAAUGAUCUGCUGAGUAGUGAGUCAUGCUGCCCGUCAGCAAACAGCACCAUCUCUAGCCACAGGGCCAGGAAUAACAUAGGUGAGAGAUGACAGCAACAGUGACGAAGAAAAGAUGCUAAGGGAUUCGGAUUCCUGAUGCCAGCAGCUACUUGUACCACGUUUGCCCCCUCCUGUGCAAUAGAUAAUGCGCUGAACAGAGCUGCAUCAUCUGUGACGCAGAUCAAUAUGGCCGGGGCUCAUCAUGCAUCUUUGUAAGUGGGAUCCCUGCAGGGUGCAUCCAGGAUCAAUCCACAGCUCUUUGGGUACCUUGGGAGUUUAUUUUCAUUCAGGAAAACAUACAUGCAGUAAAUUGCAUAAAGUACACUAGUUGUCAAUGCACAGCUCAAUGAAUUUUUACAUACGUAUACAUGUGUGUAACCACCACCCAGAUCAAAGUAUAGAACAUCUAAAGCACCACAGAAGGCUCACUUUUGCCCCUUCCCCUUGGUGUUCUUUAUUUACAUGUCCCAAAGUGCUACAACCAAAUGUUUGUGUUCAGUGGUGUACUGGUAAAUGUUUAACAGCCAGUUCUGGUGUGUGUAGUGGGGGUGCUGGGCUUUGUAGUGUCUGCCAAUUUUUGUGGCAUAAAUAUUCCCAUCAUGGCUGAUUUCAAGCUACAGUUUAAUAACUGGCUUGCAAAAUUCUAAAAAUUUAACAAUUGGCUCCGGUGAGGAAGGACAAACUGGCUCUAGCACACCAGUGGUUGUGAUGGAGUAUCAAAGAGAGCCAGGUCCACCGGUCUACCCAGCCCAGCCUUGUGGGGUGCUGGUAAGGUGCUGCUCUCAAAUAUUCCCAGGUCCAGCCCCCUUAGUGAGGAGAGAAUUGUUCACAGGAUUUAAAGUGAUCUCUAAUUUCUUUUGUCCGUGCACCAGACAUCAGUUGUGCCCCUACCUCAUGGCAAGCUCUAGAGUCAAAAACAUGAGUAAACCACGGUUCUAUCUCUAAAGGAGUUCAGGUAAUUUAACACUUGGAGGGAGAGGCAGACAUGCGGAAGUCCUCAUAUGAGUGAAGUCAUAUGAUAUUUGUCUUUCUCUGACUGACUAAUUUCACUUAGCGUAAUAGCCUCCAGUUCCAUCCAUGUAGUUGCUAAUGGCAAGAUUUCAUUCUUUUUGAUUGCCGAGUAAUACUCCAGUGUGUGUGUGUGUGUGUGUGUGUGUGUGUGUGUGUGUAUUUAUGUAUACCACAUCUUCUUUAUCCAUUCAUCCAUUGAUGGACAUUUGGGCUCUUUCCAUACUUUGGCUAUUGUUGAUAGUGCUGCUAUAAACAUUGGGGUGCAUGUGUCCCUUCAAAACAGCACACCUGUAUCCCUUGGAUAAAUACCUAGUGGUGCAAUUUCUGGGUCUUAGGGUAGUUCUAUUUUUAGGUUUUUAAAAAAAGUUUUUUAACAUUUAUUGAUUUUUGAGAGAGAGACAUAGCACGAGUGGGGGAGGGGAGAGAGAGAGGGAGACACAGAAUCCGAAGCAGGCUCCGUGCUCUGAGCUGUCAGCACAGAGCCUGAUGUGGGGCUCAAAGUCACAGAGUGCGAAGUGCGAGAUCAUGACCUGAGCUGAAGUCCAACACUUAACAGACUGAGCCACCCAGGUGCCCCUAUUUUUAGUUCUUUGAGGAACCUCCAUACUGUUUUCCAGAGUGGCUGCACCAGCUUGCAUUCCCAUAAGUUUAGCCAUUCUGAUAGGUGUCGUGAUACUGCACUGUGGCCUCAACUUACAUUUCCCUAAUGGCUAAUGAUGUUGAACAUCUUUGCAUGAGUUUAUUUGCCAUCUGUAUAUCCUCUUCAGUGAAAUGUCUGUUCAUGGCUUUUGUCCAUUUUCUAAUUGAAUUGUUCAUUUUUUUUUUUUACUUUUGAGUUUUGAAAGUGCUUUAUGUAUUCUAGAUACUAGUCCUUUGUUAACUAUGUGGUUUGCAAAUACUUUCCACUACUCUGCAACUUGUGUUUUCAUGGGCUUUUACAGAGCAAAAAGUUUUAACUUUAAUGAGGUUGAAUUUAUAAAAUUUUUCAAUUUUUCCUUUUAUGCCUUGUCCUUUCAGCAUCAAGUCCAAGAACUCUUUGUCUCACCUUAGAUUUUCUCUAACCCAUUUUGAGUUAAUUCAUUCUUUUGUACAGUGUGAGGUUUAGGCUGAAGUUGUUUGUUUGUUUUGUUUUGUUUGGAGGUGUUUUUGUUUUGUUUCAUUUUGAUUUGAUUUUGGGUGUUUGUUAGUUUGUUUGCCUGUGGGUCUCAAUUCUUUCAGUACCAUUUGUUGAAAGGGCUAUCCUUCCUGUAUUGAAUUACUUUUGCACCUUUGUCAAAAUCAGUUGGGUGUAUUUUGUGGGUCUGUUUCUGGGUUCUUUAUUUUGUGCCAUUGGUCUGUAUACUGACCUCAUAAAUGAAUUGGGGGAGUGUUCCCUCCUUUUCUAUUUUCUGUAAAAAACUGUGUAAAAUUGGUGUUAAUUUUUCUUUAAAUGUUUGGUAGAAUUCUCCAAUGAAAUCACCUUGGCCUGGCGAUUUCUUUUUUGGAAGCUUUUCAAAUUUUGAAUUCAAUUUUUUAAAUCAUAGAACUAUUCAGACAAUCCAUUUCUUGAUUGAGUUUUGGUAAUUUGUGGUUUUGAAGUAUUGGUCCAUUUCUUCUAAGCUGUUGAAUUUGAGUAGUAAGUUGUUCAUAAUAUUUGCUUAUUCUAUCUUUAAUGGUUUCAGGAUCUGUGCUGAUAUCUCUGUUUUAUUCCUUAUAUUGAUGAUCUGUGUCUUCUCUCUUUUUCACCUUUGUUUGUCUUGCUAGAGGUUUAUUAAUUUUGUUGAUUUUUUUUGAGCCAGCUUUUUUUUCAUUGUUUUCGCUCAGUUGCUUUUUCAUUUUCAAUUUCAUUGAUUUCUGCUCUUAUCUUUAUUCUUUCCUUAAAUCUUCUUGCUUUGAGUCUAUUUUUCUUUUCUACUUUCUUGGGGAAGGAACUUCCAAAUUAUGGAUCUAAGGCCUUUCCCCUUUACUGAUAUAAGCAUUUAGUGCCAUAAAUUUCCCUCUAACUACUGUUUUAGAUCCCACAAAUUUGGUAUGUUGUAUUUUAAUUUUUACCAAGUUCAGUGUAUUUAAAUUUUUUCUUUGAGGCGUCCUCUUUGACCCAUGAUUAUUUAGAAGUGUGUUGUUUAAUUUCUACAUGCUUGGAGAUGUUCCUGUUGUCUUUUUAAAAUUGAUUUUAAUUUUGAUUCCAUUAUAGUCAGAGAACACACUCAAUAUGACUCCAAAUAUUUAUAUUUAUUUAUUCAUUAAUUCAUUAAUUCUGCUUUGUUUUGUUUUUGUUUUUGUUUUGAAGUAGCAAUUAGUAGAAGUUUAUUGUGCACACACCAGAAAGACAGUUUGCAAACCAGGAGCAUUCAAACCAAAAUCAUUCAUUAAGUUUUGAAAGAGAGACAGAGAGCACAAGCAGAGGAUGGGCAAAAGGAGAGGGAGAGAUAGAAUCUUAAGCAGGCUCCACAUCCAGCACAGAGCCCAACACGGGGCUCAAUUUCACGACUGUGAGAUCAUGACCUGAGCCGAAAUCAAGAGUCAGACACUUAACUGACUGAGCCACCCAGGUUCCCCUCAGAUAUUUUUAAUGUAUUGAGGUUUGUUUAUAUUCUAGGAUACACUUCAUCUUAAUGGGUGUUCCAUGAAUGCUUGAGAAAAAUGUGUACUCUGUUCUUGUUGGGUGGAGUGUUUUAUGUAUGUAAGUGAGAUCCUAUGAGUUGAUUGUGUUGUUGAGUUCUUCUGUGUAGUAGGUCUAUCAAUUAUUGCAAGUGGAAUUUGUAAGUCCCCAGUUAUAAUUGUGGAUCCACCUAUAUCUGCUUUCAGCUCUGGUAGCUUUUGCUUCUUGUAUUUUGCAGCUCUAUUAUUUUUUAUAUACACAUUUAGGAUUGCUGACUUCCUGGUGGAUGUAUCCUUUCAUCAUAGGAACAGAGUGCACUUCUGUAGGACUGAUACUACUAGGUGGCGGUGGGAGACACCAGACCUGUGAAGAAGGAAAACUUUUCCAGGACAGAUGCCUGUGGAGCUCCUACUUGAUUCCUAGUGGUCCAGUGGUAGCAGAUGCUGCAGCUAACUCGGGUCGGGAAAAUGCGACAGCGACUGCCCACUCGAGGUCGUCAUGGCGACAGCCAGUGAACGUGUUCCUCUCCUCGGGCAGGCCCCCGAGUGUAGAGGAGCUGCUUCGAGAGGCGCAGCUCAAUCUCCAGAGCCUGUUGCAAGAAGAAUAUGAGGAACAGUACUCGGAGGCCAGACUCCUGGGGCAGACCUUCCGCUCUGCUGAUGAGGCCCCUGAGCCCACCCUUAGCCCAAGGCCCCAGGCUGGCAGGCGUCUGGAGUUUGUAUUGAUGCCUACAAAACGGCAGCUGAGCGAGGAUGAGACUACCACCCAGGGUGUGAGGGCCCCUGAGGCCUCCCUGAGCCUGUCUACCACAACCGACAAGCAAGCUGCCUGGAAUAGCCCCUUCCCUCUGCCCAUCCUAGACGAGAAACGGUGGCCUCAACCUUGCUCCACGCACUCUGACAUUGUGCCCAUCAAUAUCUCUGGGCAGCAGUUUGAUAAACAUGCAAGUUUGCGACACUCGUUGUUUAACACAGAGACAGCCGUGAACCCCAAAUCCACCCUGAGGCGGAGGCGGACCAUUAUUGGAUUCUCUAACUUUUCCCAGCGAGACCAAGGUCACAGCAAUAGCCCAGCGGGCAGUGUGGCCUGCUCCACCACCUCAGACAUCAGGCUCAGUCAUUCGGUCCCAGAAGGUGUCCAUGGAAGAGUUGCAGUUGGUCAGGAAGUUCAUUUCCCAAAUCUCCCCUCACCAGUACUGAGGAGUCCUUUGAGUGAUCCAGAAGAAACUCUCCAGGUGCGUGGUGGCGCACACCCUCCUAGCAUGGAGAGCAUAGGAAUGGUGUAUAGCAUCCCCAGUUCUUGCAAUGGACCAACCGAAUCGACAUUCUCUGCUUCCUGGAAGGGAGACACUUUUACCUACAUGACUCCAAGUGCCACCAGUCAGAGUACUCAAGUCAGUGAAAAUGGAAAAAAUCCUUCCUCUGGGAAUGUUUGGGUGUCUCUGCACACACUACCACCUCUAGUUCCUAAGGAAGCUGCUACCCUCUUUGUUACUUGUGAUAACCCAGCAGGAUGCAGUGGGUCAGUUGGCUACUCUGAGCACCCUGCUCAACGAAGGCAGGCAGUGGAACGACCCUCCAAGAUUGGCCUUCUCACUAGUGUUACCUCAAGGAUGGAGACAGGCCCAGGUGGGGCCAACAAGUUCCGGGAGCGGUCACUGUCUGUGCCCACAGACUCAGGCACCGCAGAGGUGGACUAUGAUGAGGAACAGAAGGCUGGUGAAGCCUGUGCCCUGCCUCAUGCCAGUACAAGUUCUGAGGGCAGUAACAGUGCUGAAAACAUUGCCUCCCUUCGUGCCCAACAGGAGACCCAGCACAGAAGACAGAGAUCCAAGAGUAUCUCGCUCAGGAAGGCCAAAAAGAAGCCUUCCCCACCAAUGCGCAGUGUCUCACUGGUCAAAGAUGAGCCAGUCCUCUUGCCAGAAGGUGGGUCAGCCCUACCCAAGGACCAGAGGCCCAGGAGCCUUUGCCUCUCCUUGGAACACCAAGGACAUCACUCAUCCCAGCAGGAUGCUCAGGGUCACCCAGCUGUGCCGACCUUCAAAGAUCCGGAAGGCACACAAUUCUCCCACCACUGGUAUCUUACUGACUGGAAGUCUGGUGACACCUACCAAUCCUUGUCCAGCUCCAGCACUGCCACGGGCACCACAGUCAUUGAGUGCACCCAAGUUCAGGGCAGCUCAGAGUCUCUUGCCUCCCCCUCCACGUCCAGAGCCACGACACCUUCCCAGCUCUCCAUUGAGGUGGAGGCCAGGGAAGUAUCCUCCCCAGGAAGGCCUGCUGGGUUGAUGUCACCCUCCAGUGGAUACUCCAGCCAGUCAGAGACACCAACACCCACCGUCUCCAUGUCCUUGACGCUGGGCCACUUGCCCCCUCCAAGUGGCAGUGUCCGGGUGCGUCCAGUGGUACCUGAGAGGAAGUCAUCACUACCCCCGACAUCACCAAUGGAGAAAAUGUCCAAGUCACGGCUGUCGUUUGAUCUACCACUGACCUCGUCAAGCAACCUGGAUCUGUCCGGGAUGAGUAUCUCCAUCCGAAGCAAAACCAAGGUGAGCCGGCAUCACUCAGAUACAAAUUUUGGGGCCAAGCUGGCCCAGAAAACGAGCCCCAACCAGCCAGUUAUGCCCAUGGUUACUCAGUCUGACCUACGUUCCAUUCGCCUGAGGUCAGUCAGCAAGUCUGAGCCAGAAGAUGACAUCGAGAGCCCUGACUAUACUGAGGAAGCAGGAGCAGAAGUCUUCACCUUGCCAGAGAGAAAGAUAAAACCUCCCAUAGCUGAGAAGCCCCCCGUGGCCCGAAGGCCUCCAAGCUUGGUCCACAAGCCACCAUCUGUCCCCGAGGAGUACCCGCUAACUUCGCUUACCUUGGCUAUGACCCCCAAGAGCUCCAUUCAACACACGAGGCCACUCCCUCCAGACGUCUACACAGUGGUGCGGAAACCAAAGUCCUCCAGCCCUGAGGGCAGAAGCCCAGGGGAGUCAACAGCAGCCUCAACUCUUGUUUUCACACCUUUUGCUAGUUCCUCUGGUGCUUUCUUCUCAGGAACACAGCAACCUCCCCAGGGAAGUAUGGAGGAUGGAGGCCCCAAAGUGAGAGCCCUGCCUGAAAGAAUUAGCCUCCAGAGCCACGAAGAAGCAGAGAAAAAGAAAGGCAAGAUACCACCCCCUGUCCCAAAAAAGCCCAGUGUGCUGUACCUGCCUCUCACACCACCCACAGCUCAAAUGGAGGUGUAUGGAACCGAACCAAGGCUGUCUCUCAGCCCCAUCAUCACCCUUCAGGAAGAAGCCAGCUGUCCCCCCACCAGUGACCAACUGCAGUCACCUGGUACAAGGAUGACUUCAACACCGGAGGCUGAAGGUGAAAGGGAGGCAAGUCCUCUAGGGAGUUCUACAGAAGCAAGCACUGAAGAAAAAAGUGUAAUCAGUGAUAAAACAGCCGAAUGGAUUGCUGAAGAGGACGAUGACGUGUUUGUGGCUUCACGCACAACUGAAGAUUUGUUUACUGUGAUACACAGGUCCAAAAGAAAGCUGCUUGGCUGGAAAGAGCCUGGUGAGGCCUUUGCUGGCGGCAGCAGACCAAGCUCCCAUUCACCAAUAAAGAACACAGCUGAUUCUCCAAUCAGUGAGUCAGCUGCUUCUGCGGGGUCAAGUGGCAGUGCCAACCUAGAUGCUGGCAGAAACGAUGAUUUCAAGGCCUUGCUACAGAAGAAGGGAAGCAAGACAACUCCAAGGUCCCGCCCCUCAGCAGCCGAACUGCUGAAGACCACUAACCCACUGGCUCGGAGAAUUAUUGCACAAUUUUCAAAAGACUGUGAAACUACCGAUGACCCCAGUACCUAAGUCCCGAGUUCAGUUAACAGGGUUUAGUUAUUAAACUUGAGUAGACAAAGGGGAAGAGAAAGGGUUUUAAAAAGUAAUCAUGGACAUAACAGAAGAGCCUACAUUUCUUUUACAUUAACUCACACUCUGGACAGCAGGAGACAGGUCACUUUAUCUAGAACUAAAUCAUCAGGCACUUUAAUCAUCUUCAGACCUUUUACAUUUUCAUACUUACAGUCUUGCCAUUACCCAAUUACCGAUUUUCUCCUUAUCUUCCCCCAGUGUUGUGCCCUGAGAAGAAAUUCUCAGAUGCAAGGGCACAUGUACCAUCUUUUCAAUCAAUGGCCAGGCUGCUCCAUCCCUGACUCCUGUCACUGAGGGGCACAGUGUGAGAGUGGAUUGGGGACUGCCAAAACUGGGGAUCAUAGGGUGCCAUUGCUGAUUAUUCACUUUCCUGGCAAGGCCUUGAUGGCCCUGUGUGGAGAAACAAAAAGACUCUGGUGCCUCUCCAUCCACACUUAAAUUCCCCCCACCAGAGAGGUUUAUGGCUGUGCACUUAUUUCAGCAUGGGGUUGAUUGGAUGGCUUUUGUCAUUCAAAAUAUGAAUGUGAGUGUGUCUUGAAAUUCAUGCCUUUUUCAGUUUGAUUGUCUAUGCGGAGAUCAGGGUGAUGACAUUCAAUAAUCAUGUAGACGACCCCCCCCCGCCCCCACCAACUAGGAAAAGUCAGGACUGGGUUGCUUUGGAUGAAUCAAGUUCAGCCAACAAAUGAGGCAGCCAUUUGUUCACUCAGAUCUAUCCAAGGUAACUUGUACAUUGCGCCUUGAAAUUCUUCAAGUGUCUGUCAACAAUGAUAGCUAGAAUCAGUGCCCAGCUCAUGCUGCAUUCUAAGAACUCUCGUUUCAUUUGCAUAUAACCUUCAUUACAGGAAGUAAUUAGCUGAAGGAACAGCAUCAUCAAAGGCUCAAGGAGGAGAGAAAGUAAGUGUAACUUGUCCACCUCCAUUCAGUUUAGAUUGUGGUUUGUGGUUCCUUUUGUUUUUGUUUAAAGGAAGUCUUACUCUGUUCCCAAACCAAGAAUGUAUGGACUAAAAAGAAUAUAUCCAAAACCUAAAAGGCAGCCUUGCAAGUGGCUAUGGCCCAUAACACACACACAAAAAGGGCUACUUUUUGCCAUUUAUGUUCCACUGUGUGACUGACUUUACAUUAACUAUGUUGGGGGAGAGUGUAGGAACUCGGGGGAAAUGAGAUGCUGACGGAGCCCCCAGAGCAAUCAUUGUGACUGCCCCCCACACAAGCUUAUAGGCACUAACUAUUCUUGUCAGUUCAAUUUUCUAAGCAGAGCAAGAAAAGUAAUUCAUUUGAUUUUCAUGUGUCUGGUUUUGGGGAGGUUGGGGGAGAAAAACAGUCAACGCAUUGAACAAAAACUGGCUGACCAAUAAUGGAGGGUUAAUGGUCCACAUUCCCGAGAAGGGAAAAGAAAAGUCAAAUGAAAUUGUAGCCUGAUUCCUGGACCCCUUCCUCCUUCACUGCCACCCCCCCAACCCAACAGAUUCAUUGGCCAACAUCCUGGAUGAUGCAGAAACUGCCCCAGAGACAAGCAGAUCUUGAUUUUGAUAGGUCACAUUGCUCACCAAUGAGAAGCAAGCUCUUAGCUCCACUACCCACACUCCUGCAGACAGAGCAGCUGAAAAACUACACUGAGAGCUGAGAAGACUUGGGCCUCUCAUUCAGAGGUCUUAAGCCUAGGCCCUUGGUUGGUACAGGUCUGAAUUCUAGACUUCUAAGUGCAGGCCAGGCUCAUCAACUUCUUUGCAAUCAGCACUGCCCCCUAACUUAGAGGCCACUUAAAAUAAUAAACAGUGAGUACCCAGUUGCUUUUGAAAGCAUUCAAACUAUUUGGUUUGAAGGUCCAGAUCAAAUUUCAGGGGUUUUGCCUGAAAUAAAAUAGAUUCAUUCCUGGCCUGAAUUUAUAUCUGAAUGCCACACUUGUCUGCCCCAGACUCAGAAUUCCAAAAGACAGAAACAUUUUUCCUCUGCAGGGAAAUGAAGGGGUGUUCAUGCUUUGGCCUAACAAAAGUGAAAGGCUGCCAGGGCCUUCUCAUUGGGAACCACUUUGAACAGCUGAGCUCUGAAGCCAAAUAAGAGACUCAUAUAGUACAGGAUGUGUUACUUCUACUGGUUUUUCUGGAAGCUUCUUGUUUGCUACUUCUAGUGGGUUUCACCUUUCUGUCCCUGGGUGGUUUUCCCAAAAGAUUCUAAAGCUGAAUGCCCAGACACUUUUAUGUUUUGCCGUUACCUUGAGUCUUGCUUUCCUCUACAAUAGUCUGUAUACCUGGAAUUUUUGUAACAUCUUCUGCAUCAUUACUAUGGCCUUCAAAUACCCAGUGGUGUUUCCAUUAGCACAAGAGGAUUUGGGGCAGAGAUUUUAUGGUCAGAGGUAACAUUGAGGGCAAGAAAUAUUCCUUUAAUAUUUUGCAACAGGUGGACCUAAUCCCAGGCAAACAACCAAACUGUAGAAUUUGUUAGUCACUGAUGACUAUAACACCAAACAUCUUUCCUACUCCUAAUCCUCAACCUCUCUCGUCCCCAUGAUUAUAACACCAACUCUCCCACCAAGGCACACAGCACAAUGUUUGCUGCCCUCUGUACCGACUCUGUUAAGACCAGAGAAGAGAGGCUGACAGCCCCUCCAUGUAGGCUUUCAGAGACCUAGUACCGCCACGGUUACUAGUGCAAAUAAUAAUGAGCACAAUUUUUGAGCAUGGAAUACAGAAGGGGUUCAAGUAAAAUGAAGUUUGCCACAGGACGUCAGCUUCCAAUUCAAGUUGUUUCUAUCCUUUUGUUUGCUCUGAUUCCAACCGAUAGCCACAGGUAGCUCUGCUGGACUAACCUCAGUGUAGUCAUGAGUAGAGGGAGUCAUCCCCAGGAGAGGUCAAUGGGUAGCAAAGAGUGAUUUACUCUUGGUGGGUAUUCAUUACGUAUUUGUGGUUCAGAUGUCAAGAGUAGAGAGCAAGCCAUUCUUGGUAGAGCAGGAAGCCUCGCUGGUAUCUCCUCUCCUUUGUCUGCCUCAUCUCUCACCUAAGCCUCCCACCUGGCCCCAACUUGUCCCUCAGCCCUGACUCCUGUGAACUGCAUCCCUAACCUACAGCUUACCCUUUAAGGAGGCAAGACCACAAACAGCGAAAUAGUUCGUGUUAGUCUAAUGACCUCAAAUAGACCAAUUGGUCUGAAGGCAUCACCUUGAAUGUGCAAAGACUAGAGAAGAUUCUAUAAAGGCUUACAACAAACAUUUCACUGGACAUCCAUUUUAAAUCUCUAGACAACACGGAUCAGAUUGUGAUCCUGCAGUACCUAUCUGUCUGAGCAGAUGUGUCCAUGCACCUGCCCUCUUCCUGAUAAACAAACUAUUCCUUAAAAAAUUGAGUUUGUGGCCAGUGCUCUUGUUCCUCACCAGUGCAGCCUUCCAUCAUCACCAAGUCUGUAACACAAUAGUAGGCUUUCACUUUAAUCUGAUUUUCCAGGGCCAGGACUAGAGUGAGGUGAACGAAGCGCCCACUCUCAGGGCCGCACAAGUGCCUUACCCUCGUCUCAGCCCUGCGCUUUGCACUCUAUGAAUAUCAGUUUAUCUUCUUCCUGUGAAUAAGUGUGGUUCCUCUGAUAAAUCCCUGUUGUUGCACCAAAUGUUUUAUUGCCAUCUCUUUUUUCCAUUGCUAUAAGCCUUUGUAUGCCUAUACAUCUAAGAAUAGACAAUAUUAUCAGAAAACAUGGUUGAUUUCUAAGCAACCUGCUCCAAGUGGCAAGUUAGCACCCAUUUUCAGUAGGGAUGCAGACGGAGACAGCCCUUCAGCACGAUAGUGAAUGGGCUGGAGGUCUGCCAUUGGGAUGGAUCUUCAUUCUCCUCUUUCUGCUCCAUUUUCCCCAGACCUUGCUUCCCAGCCCCAACUCUCCUGAGUGCCUCCUAGUUUGUUCUCUUUACUAAGAAAAACAUGCUCUCAGGAAAGGGAUAAAGUCCUUUAACAUCAUAAGGCUUAAUGCUACCUUUUUUGAGGGUUGCUUGCAUUAUAACAGGGGAAAAGCCUUAAGCCAAAGGAAUUGAAGUUCUGCCUGGAGAAUUCUAGGCCUCGAUUAGCUGCAAAGUGUAUUUUUCACCACAGAAAGGCCAAAUUCCCUGAAAGCUAACUCCAGAACAUAGAAAAUACCUUAAUCUCCUGGAAUUAUUGUAUUAAAUUGCUGGUGGUUGAUUAAAUAGUCCUGAUACCCCAUGCUGUUCUAUUGGACAAGGGACCAAGGGACCACAUCUACCAAGAGACUCUCAGAAAUGGCUACUGAAAGCCACUGAGAAGGCCAAGAUCAUAUUGUACAUUAACAUUUUUACACAAAUGGAAUUAAUACUAGUCAUUUUAGUGAAAGAACACAAGGACUUAGAGUUUGUGAAAAUGUGUCCUGUUUGUGAAAGGUGAAACUGUCUGAUCAAUGUCUGAUCCAUAUUGGUCUCUUGGUGGUGGUGGUAAUUAUUAAACUUGCUAGAGGUACAACUUUACUAAACACAAGCCUCUGCUUCCCCUGCCCUUAUUUAUGUUUUGUGCUAUCACUUCAGCUUGGUGUGAGAGAGACCAGAUCUAUACCAGAGCAUCCAGUCCCUCCAAAGUCUUUGCUCAUAUUUUAGCUAUAAGUCACCAAGGUAUUAGGGAUUUAAAACAACAAGAGUGGGAAGAGCUGCCUUAGUCAAAGAGCAGCAAAAAUGAAAACUUAAACAAUGACAUGGAAUAAAGUUUUAGAAUAUUCUGACACAGAUUUAUAUAGGAAUAUGGCAGUAAACAGUUAUAGCCAAAUAUUUGAGGUGCUUUUCAUAAGUUUAGCAAAAAUUAAUUUGCAUAAGUAAUGGAUUGUGUGAAAUAGGAAUAUACAUUUGUUCAGUAAAAGCCCAAAAUCAAAGCCAGUGGUUCUCAAAGUGUCAUCCCAGAAACAGCAGCAGUAGCAGCCCUGGAGUGUGUGUGUGUGUGUGUGUGUGUGUGUGUUCCAGUGAUGUUACUUCUCCAAGCCCCUGAAUCACUAUAGCCACAACUGUUCAAAUGAUUUCAAACUUUCCCACCAUUUCUGCUGUCAUCACAGUGAUUGGUCUCUGGCCAAGUGAUGUAUAUUGUCGUGUUGGUCAGGUAUACAUUUGUUUGGUGUUAAGAAAUUACCAGAUUGAAUCAACUACUCGCUUAACCUGCAGAACUCUUGAUUUGACUUAGCCAGCAUGUCUGGCCCGUUUUGGAUUUAAUUUUUUUGAAUUCACAAAUAGGAAAAAAGGAAAAAAGUGUUAUGUUUGGUAUUGCCAACCCUUAAAUACCUAUCUUCACCAAGGUGGCUGUUCUCUAGGAGGGCUCUGAUUUUAAGAUUUUGCCUACAUAGUAGAAUUUGAGAUCAACAAAUACACCAACAAAAUCUGAACUGGAACAACCAAUUAACCCCCCUCAGCUUCUUUUCAAUGCCAAGCUUUAUAGAAACUUAUUCCUUAUGUGGUGUUCCGCUUUUUUUUAAUGUCCAAUUUUACCAAAUGUUAUGCAUGCAAAUGCAACAUUGUGCUCACUGUAUAAGUCACCCCAAACUCAUUUUCUCCUCCAUAUGUGUGGUGGUAAAGAAAUAUCAAUAUGUAUGUUCUUGCCUCUCCUGAUCAAAUCUGUAAAUUACAAAUCUUUUCAUUAAUUUUUAAAUGAGAUAUAUUUACUCUGGCUAGUAGUUACAAUUUUAUUCGUUUUAUGAUAUUUCAUUGCUACUCUUUUCUACUGACUCCAAAACUUACUUUGGGGAAUAUUUCUUAUUUCUAGGUUGUUGUAUUUAUCUUAUUUCUAUAUUUAUCUGUAGCCAUGGAAUGUUAGAAGUGAAAGGGACCAACCUCUCAUUUUACACAUGAGGCCCAGAAAGUUCAAAUAACUUACACAAGGUCACACACACAGUAGCAGGGCCUGGCCUCAGUUCCAGAUCUCCUGCCUCUAGGGCCAGUGUUUUUUUUCAUUUAAAGGGCUGCAUUUAUAGAAGACCCACAGCUGGCUUCUACAUUUAUGACGCAUGGAUUUCCCAGGUAUUUCAACAAACUAAUAUAUUUGCUUUAAGGGAAACUGCUCAAGAUUUCUUUAAGUUGAAUCCAAGGACAAAUCUGAUUUUCAAUUUAGAAACAUUCAUUUCCCCUCAAAAUUCAGUAUAUGUUCCCUACUUUGUAUAUAUUUUCCCUAAAAGAAGUUUGAAAAAUGAAUUUUUAUAGAUCAAAUUCCACCUUUUAGUAGAGAAGCUUCUUUUCUAAGGGAAUCAUCUGGUGACUUCUUUUGAAAAACAAAGACUCCUCUUCUCAAUGUCCCCCAAUGUCUACUUUAUUUUUAGUAUCAACUUUUGUAAUUGGUGUUUAUUUAAAGUAGGACAAACCAAUAUAGGCUUUCCUAGAAUCUACUUUAUCCUUCCCUUCUUAAACUUUAUGAGAUAUCAGACUGUUACAUGCUCAUGAGAUAUUUAGUUGUAUUUUAGAAACUUCACCUAGCUUGAUGUUAUGUCAAUCCCUGGGCUCAAACUUUAUCUCCAUCUUAUCAAAAAAUAACAAAAUUCCCUAAUCACCUCUGUGCUCUGCAUGCAUUCUCUUUUCUGGAACAUUCUUUGCCUAGUGUGACUCUUCUCUUUAGCUAUUCUUGGGCUUCCUUCCAUGGUCCGUACAUACCUUAUUAUUCUGUGGAAUUGAGGGCAGUGUCCCUUUAGGGUUAUGCUAGUUACAUGGAGUGGUAGUUCCAGUUAUUUCCAUUGUUCCCUUGUUUCCACUGGACCUCCUCUGGUUUCUAUGUUCAGGAAUGCUCAUAGAUUGAUGGGAUCUAGACCAGGGGUUGACAAACUUUUUUGUAAAGGGCCAGAUAGUAACUAGUUUAGGUUGGGGGGGUGCACAUGUGGUCUCUGUAGCAUAUUCUUAUUCGCUGUUGUUUCUUUGUCUUACAAUACUUUAAGAAUGUAGAUACCAUUCCUAGCUCUUGGGCCAUAUAAAGCCCCAGGCUGGAUUUGACCUGCUUGUCAUAGUUUACUGACCCCUGGUCCAGACAAUGUUCUGUAACAGGCAUUUCUGUGACGGGCCCCAUGUGAUAACUGGGUUGUAUACUGGGUGAUAUGGCUCACUGCCCUCCUAUCUACUUCACUGUCAGACCAGUCUGCACAGAAGUGGGUGCAGAGGGGCUGCAUAUGCCAACCCAUUAUUCUUUGAUAGGGUACUCAUCAUUGACUCACUCACUACCUUGGUGUAGAAAUCCUCAUUCUUUUCUCCAGACCUCCUGUCCUGGUUAUCCAAUGUGCCUCUUAUUCCUUGAGUUUGAGGUAAACUGAGCGGGAAGAAUGGAUUUCUGAGUUUUCUUAUUUCUUUUGUCCCUAUAUUGGUCUCCCGAACUUUGGCUGGGGACCCUGGCCCUGGGCCAUCUGGCCUGACCUGCCCUAUAUUGCCGUCACAAGUUUAGGGCUGUCUCUGGAAAGUCUGUUGGCCCAGGCCAUGAGAUGCCAGUUUGGUAUGCAAUUUCCUAGGGAAAUCACCAGCACUCUUGAUUCCCAUAGUUGGUUUUGAAACCCAGAAUGUCCAUGUGUCCAUUUUCUAUAAUGUAAUUUGGAUCUGUUCUAGACUUACCCCAGCAAGAAAACCAAUGAGGUAUAGAAGGUAUUCUGUGUCCACAGUGUUUUCCUGUCUAAAUCCCCUGCCUCCUUGGCCCCCCAGGCCCCAGGAUGGACUCCCUGAGAUGCCCUGUGCAGCACCACAACCAGCAAGCAUUCAGCAUACCACCACCUCCUGUUUUCUGAACCUUUAAAAGGAUCCCUAGGGGUACCUGGCUGGCUCAGUCAGUAGAGCAUACAACUCUUGAUCUCAAGGUUUGAGUUCAAGCACCAUGUUGGGCUAGACCUCACCUAAAAAAAAAGAAAAAAGAAAAAAGAAAAAGAAUUCCUUAAAUAUUCCUCAAACCCUACAUCUUGCUGCCAUCUCUACCUCUCAUGCUACCUGGAAGUCUAAAGCUCAGAUUCACAUUUCACAUUUUUCUCAUGUAAGCAUUGAGAGAUAUGAGUGAAGAAGGUGUGUGCCUGUGUGUGUGAGCCUGGUUUCUCCAAUGGAACUGUGAAGGCCCCAUUGACUACUGUAUCUGUCUCUCUUUUCUCUCUCUCCCUCUCUCCCUCUCUCCUUCUCUCUCUCUCUCUCUCUCUCUCUCUCCCCCCUCCUCUCUCUCUCACACACACAUAUGCACACACACACACACACACACACACACACACACACACACUCCAUCUAGUGUUUCAUCAGUUCUCUGGUCCAGAUGUAGGUCUGAUGGGGCUGGUCAAGAAGGGGAUGAGGCAUCAUCCUGAGGAAUUUCCCUUUUUUUGUCUUUUGAAACUUUCUUUCUACUGGUUUGUGCUGGCUUCCCUCAGGAAGCCAUUUGAAGAAACUCUCUGCGACAAUUGUGAACAAGCUGACAUAUAAAGAGCAAGGACUUUAAUUUGAUAUGAACUCAGUCACUCAGACAUACCUCCCAGGCUGCAGUUUUUCCUAUCUAAGCAAAUUGCUUCUUAGGACCUUUAAGCUUCCUUUCUGUCAUUUGAGCCCAGGGAUCUACCCACGUAUUGAAAACUAAAUCUUAAAAAGUCAGAGGCAUGAGUAACUUUCAGGAUUUUCCUAUUUGAAAAUAUCUAUGAAACAGUUUCUUUCUGCCUUUGCUUUAAAAUUUCCAGACUUAGGAAGGGAACCAGGUUUAUGCCUUGGACUCUAAGGCAACAAAAGACCUACACUUGCAAAAAGCAAAAUGAGGAAGGAGGACUGGCUAGUCCUACUAUGCAUAGUCAGGAGACAGACUUUUUUGUUUCAUUAGCACUUACCAAUCAGUGCUUACUGAGUGCCAACAAUGCACUUAAGAAAAAAUAAAGGAGACGGGAAUUUACAGACCAAUAUCCUAAACUAGAAGGCAGAGAUAAGGCAAUUCCCCCAGUGAUAAGAAAGUGUCCCUGGAUAAAAAUUUCAAGAAGCAGCAGAAAUUAAGAGAGACCAUAAUCCCAGGCUUUUUAGAAUUCCAACACAAAAUGGAAGGAAGCCCUCUGUGGGGUGAUAUUACAAAGGGUUUUUCUUUUCUUUAUUUUCUUUCUUUCUUCUUUUUUUAUUCAAGCAUUCCAUACUGGCUUGCUACCAGCAAUUGAACUGUAUUCUUUAUAUAGCUAGAGCUGUUUGUGUCUUCUCGAAAUAAACUGUUUCUGUUAAAAUCA